CAUUAUUGAAAGUCUCGCCCGCUCCCUGUCAACUACGGAUUCACGACUUGCGAUUUCCACCGACCUUCGUGGGUGAAUGCUGCAUCACGGGAAACUCGCAAUUAUACACUACACCCGCGCGACAACGACCUCCAUUCAUUGUCAAACGACCCAUUUGCUACCCUCGCGGUGCCGCUUUGUCCUUGGUGGGACGUUACACCACAGCCAAUAUCACACAGCCAGACCGUAACAAUGUCUUCAAGACCAGAGUUGAAGGUCGACGACGAGCAUGGCUUCAUCCGCUAUUUCAAAUCCCUUCCCUCAGUCGACUCCGAGACCAUACGGAUCUUCGACCGAGGCGACUGGUACACGGCGCAUGGCGAAGAUGCGAACUUUAUAGCACGCACAGUCUACAAGACGACCUCUGUCGUCAGGCAGCUCGGCCGCAACGAUGCCUCAGGCCUCCCAUCAGUCACAAUGACCGUCACGGUCUUUCGACAAUUCCUGCGCGAAGCCCUUUUCAAGCUUGGGAAACGCAUCGAGAUAUACGCCAGCCCGAGUGGCCGGAUGAAUUGGAAGAUCGCCAAACAGGCGUCCCCCGGCAACCUGCAAGACGUCGAGGACGACUUAGGUGGCCAGCUAGAGACAGCUCCCAUGAUCCUGUCUGUCAAGAUUUUGGCAAAAACGACCGAAGCCCGAAGUGUUGGAGUCUGCUUCGCCGAUGCGAGUGUGCGCGAGCUCGGUGUAAGCGAGUUCCUUGACAACGACCUGUACUCCAAUUUUGAGUCACUCCUCAUUCAGUUGGGAGUGAAAGAGUGCAUACUGCAGUUCGACAAAUCCGAGAACGACAAAGAUCCCGAGCUUGCAAAGCUUCGUCAAAUCAUUGACAAUGUCGGGGUUGCCAUCUCUGAGAGACCAGCUGGUGACUUCGGCACGAAGGACAUUGAGCAGGACCUAGCAAGGCUGCUGAAAGAUGAGCGAUCGGCUACUUUGCUGCCACAGACAGAGCUGAAGCUGGCCAUGGGCUCUGCUGCUGCUCUGAUCAAGUAUCUGGGCAUCAUGCAGGACCCGUCCAACUUUGGCCAGUUCCAGCUCUACCAGCACGACCUAUCGCACUAUAUGAAGCUCGACGCGGCGGCGCUGAAAGCUCUCAAUCUUAUGCCUGGCGCCCGAGAUGGUGCCAAGACGAUGAGUCUGUACGGCCUGCUAAAUCACUGUCGCACGCCCGUUGGUAGCCGUUUAUUGUCACAGUGGUUGAAGCAGCCUCUCAUGGACAAAGCAGAGAUUGAGAAGCGUCAGCAGCUCGUGGAGGCUUUUAUUAACGACACGGAACUCCGACAGACCAUGCAGGAAGAGCACCUCAAAUCGGUGCCAGACCUUUACCGUCUUGCCAACCGCUUCCAGCGCAAGAAAGCAAACCUCGAGGAUGUUGUUAGAGCGUACCAGGUAGUCAUUCGGCUCCCGGGUUUUCUAGGCACGCUCGAGGGCGUCAUGGAUGAGGUGUACAAGGACCCACUCGAAGAGCAAUACACCAAGCGGUUGCGCGACAUGUCCAACAGCCUCGGCAAGCUUGCUGAGAUGGUUGAGACCACUGUUGAUCUCGACGCCCUUGACAACCACGAGUUUAUCAUCAAGCCCGAGUUCGACGAUGGCCUCCGCAUCAUCCGCCGGAAGCUGGACAAGUUGCGACAUGAGAUGGACACGGAGUUUCGCAAUGCGGCCGACGACCUUAAUCAGGAAGAGAACAAGAAAAUCUUCCUCGAGAACCACAAGGUUCAUGGCUGGUGUAUGCGACUCACGAGAACUGAAGCUGGCUGCAUCCGCAACAGCAAGAAAUACCAGGAAUGCUCCACGCAAAAGAAUGGAGUAUAUUUCACGACAAAGCAGCUGCUUGCCUGCCGGCGCGAGUUUGACCAACUGUCUCAGACUUAUAACAGAACGCAGAGUAGUCUAGUCAGCGAGGUCGUCGGUGUCGCUGCAUCAUACUGUCCACUCCUGGAACAGCUCGCUGGCGUGCUGGCACACCUGGACGUCGUCGUCUCGCUGGCCCACUGCUCGGUGCAUGCUCCAACUUCCUACGUCCGACCAAAGAUUCACCCGCGAGGUCAGGGCUCGACCGUGCUCAAGGAAGCAAGACAUCCCUGUCUUGAGAUGCAGGAUGAUAUUCAGUUCAUCACCAAUGAUGUCGAGCUCAAGCGAGGCGAAUCAUCUUUCCUUGUCAUCACAGGACCAAACAUGGGCGGAAAAUCGACUUACAUCCGACAAAUUGGCGUCAUUGCCCUUAUGGCGCAGAUUGGCUGUUUUGUGCCAUGCUCAGAGGCGGAAAUCACCAUCUUCGAUUCCAUACUUGCUCGUGUGGGCGCCAGCGAUUCCCAACUCAAGGGUGUCAGCACUUUUAUGGCUGAGAUGCUCGAGACGGCGAACAUUCUCAAGUCUGCAACGGCCGAGUCGCUCAUCAUCAUCGACGAACUCGGCCGCGGAACGUCGACCUAUGAUGGUUUCGGGCUUGCUUGGGCGAUCUCUGAGCACAUUGUCAAGGAGAUUGGCUGUUCGGCCAUGUUUGCCACACAUUUCCACGAGCUGACAGCACUGGCAGAUCAGUAUCCCCAGGUUAAGAACUUGCACGUCACUGCCCACAUAUCCACCGGCUCUUCUUCCACAUCGUCGACCGCUGAGAAGCGCGAGGUGACAUUGCUGUACAAGGUCGAGCCGGGUAUCUGCGACCAGUCCUUUGGCAUUCAUGUCGCUGAGCUAGUACGCUUUCCGGACAAGGUCGUGCGCAUGGCCAAGCGCAAGGCAGACGAGCUCGAGGACUUCACUGCGAAGCAUGAAGAUGGGCUCGGGCUGCAGCGGUACAGCAAGGAGGAUGUCGAGGAGGGCAGUGCCCGCCUCAAAGAGGUGCUGCUCAAAUGGAAGCAGGAAGUGCAAGGAGGGCAGAUGAGCAAGGAGGAGAUGGUGAAGCGGAUGCGGGAGCUGGUGAAGGCUGACGAGAAGCUUGUCGCAAAUCCGUUCUUCACUGCCGUCAAAGCACUCUGACUUGUAGUUGUGGUGUGUUUUUCUCUGGGCUGUUAUCGAGGAGCUUUGUAGGAGUUUCGGCACGGAACAAAGUCUUUAUGGGGAUCUAGAUGAAGGCGUUUUAAAUGAGCUGGACUUGGCACGAACAUGAAUUGAUGGAGUCUAUCCUACGACUAGAUAGAUCGUUUCCAUGCGACUUCGCUACUAUGUGUUGUUCAUCUUGGCGGUCUCAAUGUCGAUGAUGUAGCUGGUCUUCAAGUCCAUGCAGCCGAAAUCACCAA